AUGAUACAGCCGAGAAAGACGCAACGGCAGAGCAAGUCUAGAAAGUUUACAAGAUUGACCGUCGAGGCGACCGACUUCAACAUAGCAUCAAUCGUUCCGACAGGACCACCAAACUGGGAGCUGUCCUUGAGAAUGGCACAUUCUGGUAUCGUCGAACCGGUGGAGGAUGCUCCUCGUAUCGAUGAAGCGAUCCUCGAGGCAGUCGAUACGGACGCUGAAGGGCUCAACGGUCAUAAAGUCGACCUGGCAUACGGCAUUAUCAGCAGCUAUCUCCAAGCACGCAGCGACGGCUCUAAGUUCGUCAAAGCGAAUUACAAGCGAGUCCCACAGAAGAAUGGCAACGCGUCCGGGCCCCACAAUCCGCAAUUGUUCGACGACUUUUCUCCCCUCCGCUGCAUGCUAGAUGCUAUCAUCGCGGCCGAGCAUCACUGGCGAUACAAGAAGUACUGCGCUUUAAAAGGCCACGAGACGGAGAGCGCAAUCAUCAAUCUGCGAGCCAUGCAAGAUGGUGGCGGACGCUGA